AUGGAUUCUCAAAUCCUGGACUAUUUAGCCAUUAUCCCUUUUUUCUUCUUCAUGUUAGUGGCAUUGCAAAUGUGGAGGAAUCACAACAAAAUUGACAUAGCUCCAAAUAUACCCCCAGGGCCAUGGAAACUACCCAUUAUAGGAAAUAUACCUCAUCUUCUUGCAUCUACACCCCAUCAAAAAUUGAGAGACAUGGCUAACAUAUAUGGACCUUUGAUGCAUCUACAACUUGGGGAGGUCUCCACAAUCAUUGUUUCCUCACCAGAGUAUGCUAAAGAGGUAAUGACAACCCAUGAUGUCAUCUUUGCAUCAAGGCCUCAUAUUCUAAUAGCAGAAUUAAGGCCAUCCACAAGUAUUGUUUUUGCACCAUAUGGAAAUUAUUGGAGACAGCUACGAAAAGUAUGCACAAUGCAGCUUUUCACCCAAAAACGUGUCAAUUCAUUCCAACCAAUAAGAGAAGAAGAGCUCACCAAUCUCAUACAAGAGAUUGAUUCACAUAACGGAUCACCCAUCAACAUCUCUCAACUAGCACUUUUAUCAAUAUAUAACAUCAUUUCUAGAGUUGUGUUUGGCAAGAAAUCCAAAGACCAUGAAAAAAUCAUAUCACUACUAAAACAAGGAGCAAUGCUUGCUGGAGGCUUUGGGAUAGGAGAUUUGUUUCCUUCUGCUAAAUGGCUUCAACUUGUUACUGGUUUAAGGGCUAAACUUGAGAGGUUGAAUCGACAAAUUGAUUUAAUACUAGAAAACAUCAUCAUUGAACAUAAGGAGGCAAAGUCAAAAUCCAAAGAAAGACAAGGUAAAGUAGAGAGAGAUUUGGUAGAUGCUCUCCUAAAAUUCCAAGAUGGUAAUGACAAUAAGCAGGAUAUUUGCUUAACUGAUGACCAUAUCAAGGGUAUAAUUAUGGAUAUAUUUGCUGCUGGGGGUGAGACAUCAGCAGUUAUCGUAGAUUGGGCAAUGGUAGAGUUAGUGAAGGAUCCAAGAGUAAUGAAGAAAGUACAAGAUGAAGUACGAGAGAUGUUCAAUAUGAAGGGAAGGGUUGAUGCUACUUGCAUCAAUGAACUCAAAUAUUUGCAGUUAGUUAUCAAAGAGACUUUGAGGUUGCAUCCUCCAGCUCCUCUUUUAAUUCCAAGGGAAUGUAGACAAACAUGUGAGAUUCAUGGGUAUAACAUACCAAUCAAAAGUAGGAUAAUUGUCAAUGCUUGGGCAAUUGGAAGAGAUCCAAAAUAUUGGACUGAACCAGAGAGGUUUUAUCCAGAGAGAUUCAUUCAUAGCUCUAUUGACUACAAAGGGAGUAGUUUUGAGUACAUUCCAUUUGGUGCUGGAAGAAGAAUUUGUCCAGGUAGCAUAUUUGGUUUAAUAAAUGUUGAGUUGGCUCUUGCAUUGUUGUUAUAUCACUUUGAUUGGAAGCUUCCCAAUGAAAUGAAAGCUGAGGAAUUGGACAUGACUGAGCAAUUUGGACUGACAGCUAAAAGAAAACAAGACUUGUACUUGAUUCCCAUCGUUUCUCGUCCUUUCCUAGGAUGA